GAUUGUCAUUUGUGUAAAGCAUCUGCUGAUAAGAACAUCAAGAUACAAUCUGAUUGUGAAAAAGUGUUGAUCAAUAUAUUAAUAGAUUAAAAUUGAGACAGUGGAGUAGAUUACAUAACAAGACUAAUUUAGAUUUUUAGCAGUAAUCUGGUUGAGACAUGCAAAAGUGAUAGAAUAAUUGUGUGAACAGGAUACCUACAAGGACAUCUCUUGUUUCUUUCAACAGUAGAUUUUACAGGGUGUAUAUUUUUUAAAAGCAGUAUUGAUUAGAUUAUGGCUCGUAGAAAUUUGGAGAAACAUUUACAGGCAGGAAAAUGUAUAGAAAAAGGUAAACCAUGGCCAGAAAAAUUCUCCAAGGUAGAUAUUAUUAAAGAAAUUCCCUUUGACAGUGAGUUAGGAGGAAUCUGGAGUCUACAGUAUUCAUUUGAUGGUGAAACAUUAGCUGUUGGUUACGGCAAUGGUGCCAUUAGGUUAUUUAACUCAACCACAGGAGAACUUCUUAAAGAAUUAAGGAAGACAAGAUAUGGAGGUUUUCAGAUAAUGUGUUUGCGUUUCCAUCCUAAGGAGCACCACAUACUGUUAGCUGGUACAUCUGAAGGCCUGAUAUUCUUAUGUAAUACACAAGAUGGAACACUCACAGAAAAAAUUACAGAGAAGAAUAAUGAAAUCAACUGUUUAGAUUUUGAUUGUGAGGGUUUUAACUUUGCUACUGCUGGAAAAGAUCUCAAUGUUAGAAUUUAUGACACUAAGACAUUUCAAUUAGACAAAACCUAUGGUGGUUAUGACAGUACACAGAACCCGACAGAGAUUGCAUCCUGUGCCAUGAGAGUUUUCAGUCUUAAAUAUCACCCAGAUAAACCUAAUAUAUUUGUAACUGGUGGAUGGGAAAACCACUUAAAGAUCUGGGAUCAUACUACAAAUAAUGGUGUACAGAGAACAAUGCAUGGUCCACAUAUAUGUGGUGAUAGUAUAGAUCUUAAGGAAUGGUCCGUUUUGACUGGUUCCUGGGUUGGACAGAGUGCCCUACAAGAAUGGGACUGGACCUCAGGAAAGGCCAAAGAUAUACCAUUCGAUUUCAAAGGUCAUUCUGGUGCUUACUUAUAUUGUGCUCAGUAUUGUGACAAUGAUGUCGUGAUGGCAGGAGGCAGUGGUACGAACAGUGUUCAGGCAAUAAAUAAAGUCACAGGCGAGAAAAUUGGUGAAAUUCAGAUGAAGAAUGCUGUUCAUGCUUUAGAUACUACGAUGGGAGGAAGAUUAUUUGCUGUUGGUGGAAAGGAAGACAAUUUAGUGCUCGGUCGACUGUGUUAGGAUCAAUAAUAACUAGGAUAUUUAUCACAUUUUUUAACUUAGAAGUGACAUUUUAAACAUGAAGAUGGUGCAUUGUGAUGAUCAUUGAUUUUGUCAACAGUGCAUGAGGCCUGGACUUAUCUGUUUAUAGAAUAAGACACAAUCAGGUGUUUUUUGUGCUCAGCUUUACUCACCUUUGUCAGGGUUGUCAAUAGUGCAUGAUCCCAAGCCAUAUAUUUGUUAAUGGUGUAUGUUACUGCUCAGCUAUACUUGGUUUCAUCAAGAUUAGUCGUUCAUAGUCUAUUGCUACAUAUUUUUUUCGCAAGAAAUCGAGGACUACAAAACAUCAUCUAAAAUAUUCCAGCUGGCUACCCAGAAUUGACUGAAGAAUCCCCCAAUUUGGUUCUUACUGAUUUUACAAUUUCAAGGACUACUGGAUUUUGAACUGUACUUGUCCAUUGAUGUUAGAUGUAUGAAAAAACAGCUUUUAAACCCUGUUCAUGCUCAUUGAUAAAUUCCGUCCAUUCUCCUGAUGUCUGUGAUAUGCUAUGCUCAUAGUAGUUCUAUUUUUUCAUGUCAUAUAUAUAUAAAAGUUCAAUAUUGUAUAGCUGUAUAAAUAAGGUUUCGAUAUAUGACAUAAUUUGAUUUUGAGUUAUUUCCCUUGGCAGCCAAUUUGGAAAUGUAAAUGGUUGUCUUUCUUAAUUUAUACUUACUAAAUUGAAAUAUGUGGUUCAAAAAAGUCUGAUAAGAGAUCUUAAGGAUGUACUUAGGUGAAAUUUAAAAAAUCUAGAAUUUAAAAUUGAUACUAUAAGUCAGAAGAGCAUUAGUUAAGGAACAAAAUAAGCUUAAAAUAUUGAUAGGUUAUGGAGCUCCUUUUCGAGAUAUUUAAUUUUUUUAAAAAUGGCGGGAAAAGGCUGACUCGGACUUUUACCUUAUAUUUGCAUAGGUAUUAUUUGGGCCUCAAAUCGAAAGAAAAGAAAUCUAGAAUCUGCUUAAAUUUUGGUAAAUGACCUCUUAUGAGCUAUUGAAGUCUUAUAUGAAAAGAAAAAUGGGUGUUAUGGGGCAAAAUAUUUUACCCUGUAUUGUAGGAAAAAACCAAGGAGUCCGAACAUUUGACAAAAAAAUUCAUUAAGCUGACUUAGUUCAUCCUUAACUAUAUCGUAGUGAUGAAGUAAGAAAGUUAAAAGAAAUUAAAGUUAUCAGAAAACAACUUUUUCUGAAGUGUUACUGUCCGUAAAUUAAGUUAAAUUUGGCUGAAUAAUGAAGGUGACAUGUAGACCUCCAAAAUGUUGACAAAAGGGAAAUAAAUCUUGCUCAAAUUGCAUCAAUUGAAAAAUGACUUCUUUUUUUUAAAAGUCACAAGUGUUUAUAAUAACAUAUUUCAUUCCAUAGCUCAGUAUAUAAGUCUUAUGAGUUUUGAAAAAGCCAGACGGUUGUUGCAAAGAUUUAGAUUUAGAAAAAAAGAAAUUAAAGACAAUAAAACUUGAUAUGACAUGGGCUGUAUAAUUAUUGAGCAAAAUAACAAACAGGGGAGAUAAUUAUUGGAUGUUUUGAUGAUGUGUUUAAUUAAAAUUAAAUUCACAGAAAAAAAAUUAACUUAAGUAAUUAACAAAAGUAAAUGGUGAUUUUCAAUGUUAAUUUUACUCUGAGUCAUAAUUUCAGACAUGAAAUUUGUUUUAACUGCUUGACAGAUUUGAAACAAUCAUUAUAUUAUUGUGUGGAGUUUCUUGUAUAUUAUAGAAUUUAAAUAUGUUUUUAGUAUUCAGUUGAAAGUACCAAAGACUUGAUCGCUUUUUAAACGAGAUAUUUGCCUAUAUCAAUACAGGUGCCAUAUUAAUAAUUAUUAGGUCACUUUAUAUAUUUACUCCAUGAACCCAAUUAAAAUUCAAGUGUGCUGUGUUGCAAGUUUUCUCUGGAUUAUAAUUUUUGCAAAAAUUACAUUUUAAUUUUAUUCCAGAUAUUAAAUUGAAUUACAUUCCCUGUUGUCCACUGUAAUUCUGUUAAAAAUAACCUGAAAUCUUAGUUUUAGCAACUAUCUUUAUUAUAUAGAGUUACAAAUGUAAAAAUGGCAUAACUGUUGAUUUUCAUAUCUUUUCUUUGUACCUUUUAUAACACUUUUACACCAUAAACCAGUUAUGUGUUAACCAAUCUUCUUGCAAGUCCAUGGUUCUAUUUCAAUUUCUUCGCAAGCUGUCAGAAUAAGUGUCCAGGUAAGGUGUGCUAUCUUCAUGCAGACUGACGUUAUGAACCAGCAUGUUACAUAAGUGUAUUUGUACAUGUAGAAGUUAUGGUGAAUAACUUCUUUUGGUGUCGAUGAGGUACAACAAUGAAGGAAUCUAGAUUUUGAUAUAAAAACAUUAAAACAAAUAUUAAUAUAGUUUUUUUCUAAAAUCUUCAAUUUAUUUGAUCUACCUCAUUUCAUGAUAAAGUUAAAUGAAGUGGUAUGAAAGUAAAUUAAUUAGCAUAUAAGAUAUUUUAAACAAAAAAACUAAUCAUAUAUAAAGUGAAAUGAAUGUGUUAAAAGAAACUAAUUCGAGACAAGAUUGACAAAAGUUGAAUACUAGUAUAUAAGUAGUGCUAAAGUAUUACAGUGCUUUCUUACAACAAAUUAAAUGUUAUUGUAAGGCAUAAAAUUUAAAACUUAAAAAAUAAUUGUUUAAAUAUCUAAUAAUGUGUGCAUAUGUUUUCUGCAAAUAGAAUAUAUCCAUAUUGUGAAAACUUGUUUUAAGAUGACAUAUCAUAUUUUAUCAUUCCUUUUGCAUCAGUGUUUUUAAAACAAAAUGGUUGUGAGUUUUUCAGUAUUUGUUGUAUAUUUUUUAUAUAUGUGUAUUUAUUCUGCAUCCGUCCAAUUAUCAUAACAUGAAUAAAAAAUCUUGUUGCAUCAUGUAUAUUUUAAAAGUCUAAUUUUGUACAAGUUUCAUGGCCUCUCGUCCAUUCAAUGCAGACUGAAACACCUAUAAUAAAAAAAUUAAUAUAAUAUUUCAAAUUCAACUACAACAGAGUAAGACAAUGGUUAAAAUAUUAUUUGUUUAUGUCAGUGGAGUAAGAGAACAAUUUCACUUCAACCAGAUUUCAAAAAAAGUCUUCUGUUUAGUACUAAAAAUAUUUUUAUUUUGCUUUGCAGUUCAAUAAUGUUCAAAGCUAAUAUUCAGAAUUUUUUAAUUUUAAGAAAAAUGUGCCUUGACAAAUGAAAGCAUUACAAAUUUUGUAUUUGAAGUAGUAUGCAUUCUGUAUUUGGCAUUGAUUUAGGCUUCUUCUGGUUAGAAUAUGAUUUAACUGUUCUUAGACUCGCUAAUGAACGCAUCAAAUAAAACAUUUAACACCAA